AUGGCCAGCUCCGGCUCAACCCCCGCAACCUCUCUCAGAGGCCGGUUCGACGGCUACUUGCCCAUCGAGGACUAUGGCCUUAUAGGAAACCUCAGAACAGCCGCCCUGGUCGGUAGGGACGGCAGCUGUGAUUUUAUGUGCUGGCCCGACUUCGACUCGCCCAGCAUCUUCUGCCGCCUCCUAGACAAGACCAAGGGCGGCCACUUUAGCAUCUCGCCGCCGCCAAACAUCACCUGCACCACCAAGCAGAGCUACCUGCCCUCUUCUAAUAUACUACAGACACGCUAUAUCAACGAGGAUGGCGUCGCAGACCUGGUCGACUUCUUCCCGCGGCCACGGACCUCGAUCGUGCCUGUUUCGCAUGCAGCAGGUCGGCAGUCGGCCUUUCGCGAGGCGCAAGUAGUUCAGGAGGAGCUGAAGAAGUGGCUCAUCAGACGAGUCGAGUGCAUCAGAGGUGAGAUCUCGCUGGACGUGGAGAUUUUCCCUGCGAUGGGGUAUGCGAAGGAGAAGCAUGUCACAAGGGUGCUACAGGAGACGCACGAGCCGGGAAUGGCGUCCAAGGCCGUCACAUUCCACAGUGUCGAGAGGGACGGCCUGAAGCUGCAGCUGGAUGUCACCAUCGACAAGGGCGAAGAUGACGCCGAAACCUGUCCUGUGGUGAAGUUCCAGAAGACGAUGAGGGAGGGCAUGGUCAGCGAGGGUGUUGUCACGCACAUCACGCUGCGGGAGGGACAGGCCAUCUCCUUCACGCUCCGCGACGAUCUCGAGAGCCAUGUCACGGCCAACAUCACGACUGCUGAUCUUGACAAACAGCAGAGCGACACACAGACGUUUUGGUACAACUGGAUCUCCAAGUGUCAAUACAGGGGCAGAUGGAGGGAGGUUGUCACGCGGAGCCUGAUGAUACUGAAGCUGUUGACGUAUGAACCGACCGGCGCAAUAGUCGCUGCUCCAACAUUCUCUGUUCCCGAGGAGAUUGGGGGGCCGAGGAACUGGGACUACAGGUAUUCCUGGGUAAGAGACUCGAGCUUCACAAUCUACAUUCUGCUCCGCCUGGGCUUCAUCGAGGAGGCAGAUGCGUACAUGGAGUUCAUCAACCAGCGUAUUCUCAAGUCCCGCACCCCGGACGGAGGCCUGCCGAUUAUGUUCACGAUUCGGGGCGAGACCGAGAUCCCAGAACUGCAGCUGGACCACCUGGAGGGUUACAGGGGCUCAAAGCCAGUGCGUAUCGGGAACGGUGCCGCAUUCCAUCAGCAGUUCGAUAUCUACGGGGAGCUGAUGGACGCCAUCUACCUGAGCAACAAAUAUGGCAACCCCCUGACUUGGGAUACUUGGGUGUCUGUGCGGAAGCUGCUCGAUUAUGUCUUGACUAUCAUGAACGAACCCGAUAUGUCUAUAUGGGAGGUUCGGAACAAGAAGCAGAACUUUGUCUACUCGAAAGUUAUGCUCUGGGUGGCCUUCGACCGCGGCCUCCGUCUGGCAGAGAAGAGAACCCUGCCGUGCCCCAACCGAGGCAAGUGGCUUGAAGCCAGAGAUAAUCUCUAUGAAGAGAUCAUGGAGAAGGGAUACAAUACCGAGAUGAAAUGUUUCGUACAGAGCUACGAGAACCACACAAUGCUGGAUUCAUCCAUAUUGAUAGCCCCUCUUGUCUUUUUCAUCACCCCAAAUGACCCUCGCUUCCUCAACACCAUGGACCGAAUCCUCCUGCCCCCCGAGAAGGGCGGCUUGACCUCCACAGGGCUGGUGUACCGCUAUGAUACCGAGCUCUCAGAUGACGGUGUGGGGGGACGAGAGGGCGCCUUCUCCAUGUGCACGUUCUGGCUCGUCGAGGCUCUAACGAGAGCUAGCGUCUACGACGCCAAGUACCUCCCUCGCGCCAUCAGCCUAUUUGAGAAUAUGCUCACAUUCUCGAACCAUCUGAAUAUGUUCUCGGAAGAGAUCUCUCGCAGCGGUGAGCAGCUUGGGAACACCCCUCAGGCCUUUAGUCAUCUGGCGCUCAUCAGCGCUGCUUUCAACCUGGACCGUGUGUCUGUGCGCCGGUGAUGGGAUACUGAGGACGAUCUCUUUAGGAGCAUAGAUAUGUGUGUACUGCAGUAGGAAUAGUAUCAAACUUUUGCGAAUCAUGUACACUGGCGCUGGUUUUCGGACUUGGUGAUGAGGACAAGCUAGGUGAUAAAGUGGCAGGGAAGGCGGUCAACUGUAUUCAAAGCUGACAAAAAUUCUGCUAUACUGGCAUCCAAUCCAUAAAUAUAAUCAUCUGGCGGACG